AUAUAUGCUUCUGCUGUAGCAUUCAGGAGAUCGUAUACGAGAUGCGCACUUCUAAAUUGUAAAGUAAAAUCUCAUUCUCAAUCAGGUUAUCAUACAAUUACAGAGUCAGUCAUGGGUUCGUAUCAAAGGAUUACCGUUUUCAUUUUCUUAAUUGGUUGUUUAGUUGGAUUAUCAGUUGGAUCAAAAGCUGGAUGUAGAGGUGAUGGUGUGUGCUCAACACAAAGGAGUGUGACAGCAUCAAGGAGAUCAGUUGCACCAAUUACUGACAUUGAAUACGACACUGUUACAGAAGUAGGUACAACAUUCGAAGUCGUAACUCAAGUGAGUAGUGACUACAUUUCUUCUCUAAAUGUAACUCAAACACUUUCACCUACAAGCAAAGGUGAAACUGUUGCCACAGCACAGAACGUGACACAGACUGUAGUUUUUACAUCCAGCAGAGCUAGCCGAGCGGCUGAUGCGGUAACAGCAGUUUAUACAGAAGUUGAGACAGUUGUUGAAACAGGAACCUCUCCUUUAGAUGGAGAUGGAAAAGAAGAGUUGACCACUCCAUCAGAAUUAACAACAGAUAGGUUACCUGUAUCAACAAUCAGUCCUUCUCCAGCUUCUGAUAAUUUAGUCGAUACAGGAACGACCUAUAAUGACAUCACAACUGUGAUGAUGGAAGAAAUGACAAGUGAUUCCGAAAGACCAGAACAUAUUAUAGUUUCAACACCUUCAGAAGACUCAAUCUCUCCAUUAGAAACAACUCCAGGAUUCCUUACCACUGUGGAUCAAAUCAGUUCAGCACCAACAUCUACCCCAAAGAGAGCAACCACUGCAUUACUGCAAACACCACAACUGCCUACAACUCCAGAAGAUCUAACCACCAGCAUCCUCCACACAUCAUUACCAUAUACAACAGAGAAGAUAAUGACAACAAUUCUGCACACUUCACUACCACCCACAUCUCCAGAUGGUCCAACCACAUCUGCUCCAGAAAGAGGAACCAAAGCAAAUCUACAAACAUCUAUACCACUCACAACAUUGGAGAGUUCAACAAUGGUACUCCUACAAACAUCAUUACCUUCUACAACACCAGAGAGUAUAACCACAGCAUUACCACACAGUUUUCAAACAUCAACUUCUGAUGGUUCAACAGCGGCCCCACUCCAGACAACAAUACAACCUCCAACAUCAGAGAGUAUAACCACAGCAUUACCACACACUGUACCAUCAACAACUCCUGAAGGUUCUACAGCAGCCCCACUCCAGACAUCGAUUCAACCUUCAACAUCUGGGAGUACAACAGUACAAACAACUUUACCACCUACAACUCCAGAACAAUCAAGCACAGCCAGUCUAGGUUCAACUGGAAGCCUGUCUACUUCACGUGGUACUCAAACAAUGGAUGCUGACCAUGGAGACUCUGACCUUAAUCAAAUAUCAGUCAGUGAUCUCUCAUUAAAUGAAAUUGAGAAUAUUGUUACACUUCAAUUUACACAAAUCACGGUGGAGUCAUGGUAUGAACACUAUGAUCUGUUAUUCAGAGGAUAUAUGGCCAGUAUGCUGGAUUCAGUAAAAUCAAGCAGUGACAUUUAUUAUAUCAGUCCAACUCCUCUAAAUCAGGAUGGUAUCCUUUAUGUCUCAUUUAUAGCACGAUCUUCAUCAGAACGCAAACGUUCAACGAAUCCAGUUGUUCCUCUAGAUGAUAUUCUUGGAGCAUUGGACAAUAUGACAGCAUUAAUAGCUAAUCUUGGGCUUCCAGAAUCACAAGCCCCAAACAUCACUACAGAGCUUCCUAGUUUCAUUCAAAUCAACCUACCAACCUCCACAACACUUCCAGAUGAGGAGGACAAUGAAACAACAGAAGCCCCCAUUAUUCCAGAAGAUGAUGACAAAGAAACAACAGAAGGCCCUACUCGUAAACCUCCUCCAGAAAUUGGUUUUCUGAGUAAUCCUGGUCUCUUCAUCUCAUUGGUAGUAAUAGCUACAGUGAGUAUUAUAAUCAUCAUUGUCGGUCUUAUCUAUCUUCUCUGUGAUAGAAAGAGAGGCAGGAGCGGUGAGUAUAUAACCAAUCAUACACCUCGUAAUAGUGAUUUGGAACUGGGAUUUGACAAUCCUGUCAUGGCGGAAAAUGAUAAGAAUGUAUCUAAUGGCAAUCACCUUUCAAGCAUAAAGGGAGAAAUGGAAUCAGAUAUGAUUGUACCAUAUGAUAACUUUACCCAAGAAGAAUUGAUGAAUUAUGAGGUGGAAGAUACUCAUUUGUAAAGCAAUCAAUUUCUCCAUGGCAUCAUGCAGUGUGAAAUAUAGAUAUUUGAACAAAAGUGUUUUGUGAUGAUGCCAUUGUAUAUUUCACUUUGAAGCAGUAUGUACUUUGAAAUGAUAUUUUAAAGCAGUUUUGCUGCGGGACUUUGUUAUGAUAUGUGCAUUUUAAGACAGUGAAUGUUUUAAUAAAAGUGACACAUGUGUUUGAUUCUUGGUACACCUAUUAAAAUUUGCAUAGUACUAAAGUUCAGUUCUAUAUAAAAUCUUAUAUCCAUAAUUCAAACAGUUGUACUAAAGAAUGUUACAGAUAUAAUAUAGAAUUUUUUGGCGGUCAUCCGAACCGCCAUAUCACACAUAUGACUGUGCAAAACCAUUUCAGAGAAAAUCAAAAUUUACUAAAAUAAUUUUUACACUUUUUUAGUUCCCCAGCCUUAAAACAUAUGUAUUGCUAGAAAAUUACAUGGUUGGAAAGACCAAGACAAUUCUUUACAUUGAUAUCUUUAUUUUUACACAAAACCAAGGAUCAGAGAAAAUAUAGCAAAAGAGCUACAUGCUUGUAAUUUUGGAUUGAGGGGGUUUAGGUU